CGGAAAGAGCAAAGAGAGACUGGUUUAUGGGGUGGGAGGGGGGCUAUGUCGCUGCAGAAGGCUCCGCGGUGUUCACCACCAACCUUGGGUUCUUUUUCGUAGGGUCUCGGUGCUGCUAGGCAUGUACAGAGUGCCUACGCCGCAAGGACAGACUAGCGCCGCUGGUUCCUCCCAGAGCGCGGAAAGAGCCCGGAGGCGAAGGGGGAGGCUGGCUUAUGGGGUGGGGUGUGUCAGUAGGGCUCUGCCCGUGGAAGAGGAGAUCAUGAAGUUUUUGCAGCUUUUUGGGCGGUUGAAAUCAGUCGUCAUCGGAAUGGUCCAUGUGAAAGCAUUGCCAGGAACCCCAGGGAGUAUGUUACCAUUGGCCCAGAUUACUGAAGACGCCUGCCGGGAGGCUGAAAUUUACAGGGCUGCAGGAGUUGAUGGCGUGAUUAUAGAAAAUAUGCACGAUCGGCCCUAUACCGUUGGUGUUGGUCCAGAAAUUACCGCAGCCAUGAGUGUCCUUUGUGCCUCGGUGAAGCAGGCAUGCCCACGGCUCCCCCUGGGGGUCCAGAUUCUGUGUGCUGCAAAUUCACCGGCUGUCGCAGUUGCUCUUGCUUCCGGUCUUGACUUUAUUCGGGCGGAAGGCUUUGUUUUUUCUCACGUGGCAGAUGAAGGGAUGGUCGAUGCCUGUGCAGGUGACUUGUUAAGAUACCGCAAGCAAAUUGGAGCAGAACACGUUCAAGUGUUUGCUGACAUUAAAAAGAAGCACAGUGCUCAUGCCCUGACUGCUGAUGUUGGUGUGGCAGAGACGGCGAAGGCUGCUGAAUUCUUUCUGGCUGAUGGAGUUGUAUUGACUGGAACCGCAACUGGAGUGGAGGCAGAUCCUGAAGAACUGCAAGAAGUUGGACGUGCUGUGAAGAUUCCCGUGCUGGUUGGAUCAGGAGUGACUCUGGAGAAUGUGAAAGAUUACCUGGGUGCAAAUGCUUUGAUCGUUGGUUCCUAUUUCAAGAAAGGAGGUUACUGGGUGAAUGACCUGGAUCCAGAUCGCGUCAAGAGGUUUAUGGAUCAUAUCGAUCUCACCCUUUGCUUUAAAAGCAGAUGUUCAACUGAAGUUAUUUUCCAAGCAAUUAAAAUACUACCGAGGAGCGUGGUGGCUUAUGACGAACACUGCCUCUCUGAGAUUCCAUGAGCUGUAGCACACCCUAGUGAGCUCAAGAAAUUACAAAACAGACCUAGGUGGUUUUCGGGUGUGGGGGGCAGAUUUCACAAGCUGAUGCAUUACUUGAGUUCUUACAGACUAGCAGAGUGAAGGGAGACACCAGUUGAGGGACUAGGAUAAGGCCAUGGGGACGACCAGCCCAUCUCCAAAGGCCAUGCAGCAAUUUAUUUCAUUAUCCAUUCACCCAACUCUUCCUCCCAGGAGCUCAGGGUGGCAUUUAAGGUCCUCGCCCUCUUAUUUUAUACUCAUCAACUACCCUGUGAGCCAGCUUAGGCUGAAAAAUGGUCUCAGACCGAGAAGCCCAUGGUUACGCCAUGAGUUUUAUGGUUGAGGAGGGGGUGAAAUUUGAACCCAAGUCCACCUAAUGGCGCAGCCAGGAAGUAACCUGAGCAGGAGGCUGUUGGUUUGAAUCCCAGCUGGUGUGUUUCCCAGAAUAUGGGAAACUCCUAUAUCAGCAAUAUAGCAGCGAUAUAUAGGAAGGUGCUGAAAAGCAUCCUCUCAUACUGCGCAGGGAGAGGCAAUGGUAAACCCCUCCUGCAUUCUACCGAGAAAACCACAGGGCUCUAUGGUCACCAGGAGUCGACACCAACUCGAUGGCACAACCUUUCCUUUCCUUUCCCUCCCUUGUCCAAGUCCACUGCUCUUACCAUUUUAUAAAAAAGGACUCUCUUUACAGAUGUUUCAAAUAAUGUUUUCAUUUUAGUGUGGAUUAUUUAUUUACUUACUUACUUGACAUAUUUGUAUAUUGCCCAAAAUGUGUGUUUCUGGGCCGUUUACAAUGAAGCAAUCCAAACAAAACACAAUAAAAAGGUUAAGAAACAUUACAAUAAUUUAAAAUUUAAAACAAUGUUGAAACCGGCCUCUAAGUGAAAGCCUGGGUUUUUCUAUUUCUGUUUCUGUCUCUAGACCACCCUUUGUCC